UGGGCUACCAGCGUGCCAGUAAAGCUAACGGCGAUCCAUUUUGUUUUAUUUUAUUUUUCUUUUUGUUUUUCCGACACACAAUAACAGAGAUAAGAGAGAGACAUGGGAGGCACGAGCACCGCUCUCAUCCCCCAUUUGCAUUCCCAUGUCUGCUUCUGUAACCGCUUUCUCUAUAGUAGAUACCAUCAGCAACAACUCACUUCUUCUUCUUGGAGGAUAGGGAGGUUCAGAUUCGGUGGUUUGCGGAGCGCCGCAAGUUUCAGUAGAGUCGUUUGUUUUGCUGCCGUCGAUGAUGAUAUCGGCAAGAAGCAGCCGGAGUCACCUAUUACUAGCUCUACUACUGGUGGAGGUAUCGGCUCUGCUCUUGAAGAUAGGCCUGAUAUGCUUGACAGUUCACAAGAAAACUUUGCUCAAAAUACUGACGGGAGUGCAAUUUAUGAUUUCCUGAAUCCCAGCAAAGAGCUCCUUCCUGAUGAUAAAGAAAUGAGUAUAUUUGAUCAUCUUGAAGAGCUGCGUCAGAGAUUGUUUGUGUCAGUUAUGGCUGUUGGAGCUGCUAUCUUGGGAUGCUUUGCAUUUUCAAAAGAACUCAUUAUGGUUCUUGAAGCUCCUGUUAAGGCUCAGGGUGUGCGAUUUCUGCAACUAGCUCCUGGAGAGUUUUUCUUUACAACGUUGAAGGGAUCAGGAUAUUGUGGCCUUCUUCUGGGAAGCCCAUUUAUUCUUUAUGAGAUUAUAGCCUUUGUUCUUCCAGGUUUGACAAGAGCGGAAAGAAGGUUCUUGGGGCCAAUUGUUUUAGGCUCCUCAGUACUGUUUUAUGCUGGAAUUGUCUUCUCCUAUUCGGUUCUGACUCCAGCAGCUUUAAAUUUUUUUGUUAGUUAUGCAGAAGGGGCUGUGGAAUCUUUAUGGUCUAUUGACCAAUAUUUUGAGUUUGUGCUUGUGCUAAUGUUCAGCACAGGUCUGUCUUUUCAGGUUCCUGUUAUACAAUUUCUACUCGGACAAGUUGGUCUAGUGACAGGGGACCAAAUGCUAUCAAUUUGGAGAUACGUGGUUGUUGGGGCGGUUGUUGCAGCUGCUGUACUCACACCAUCAACUGAUCCUCUUACUCAGGUGCUUCUAGCUGCACCGCUUCUCGGUCUUUAUUUGGGUGGUGCAUGGAUGGUGAAGCUCACAGGCCGAUGAUAAAGUUUUUAACAUUCGUCAAGCGCAGGAGAUUUACUCUUAGUGGUCAGUGCAUUUAGAGGGCAGAAUGGCCCCUGUAUAGUUGCCCAAAGGUCGUAACAUAUUAGUAAAUUGGAUAUCAGGACGAAUGAUGGAUAAUUAUUCUUGAAAUCUCUAGUUUAAUUUGUAUUUACCUUCCCUCUCUCA